CGCCGCACUCGAACUACUGCGCCAGAGCGAGACAGAAGUACCCACGCAGAUACAAAGCUGAUGUGUCCUCGUCCUCGGUUUAUAUCGCUCAUUCAUUGAGUUGAACAGUUCGUUUUAUAUGAGCGGCACAGGCGUUGUCGCAGGUUGCUCGCCGUCAAAACUUAUAACAUUGUUUUCAAAUAAAGUGUGCAUUAGAACUACGGGCGGUUCUACAAGAAAAGUUUAUUAAUAGAAGUGAUUUAAACUUAAAGCGAACAUGUGUAAUGGCCAGAUAGAGAGACCUAUAGGACUGAAGUUGAGAGUGGCUCAUACUGUGAGAUUAAUACUAGCGAGUAUUGGGAGAUUCAUCUUCAGUUUAUACUAUGGAGUUGAAGGGGAGAAGAUACCGCCGAUAUACGAUGAUAUCCUGAAAGAACCAGCUAUUACAGUAGCAAAGAAAAUUCGGAACAAAGAGAUUACGAGCGUGGAAGUAUUAGAAGCAUGCAUCAGGCGGAUUAAAGAUGUCAAUUCCGCACUCAACUGCUUCGUGGAAGAUCGAUUUGAAGCGGCAUUAAAGGAAGCACGAGAGGCCGAUGACCUCGUCCGAAGCGGCACGAAGACGGUCACUCAGCUAGAAGAGGAGAAGCCCUUCCUCGGCGUUCCCUUUACGACUAAGGACUGUAUAGCCGUUAAAGGUUUACAUCAAACUGCUGGUGUUGUUCUCCGCAAAGAUGUGAUUGCUGAAGAGGACAGCGAUGUCGUCAUGUUGCUUCAAAAGAAGGGCGCCAUUAUCAUUGGGCUUACGAAUGUACCUGAACUUUGUAUGUGGUGGGAAACACACAACCAUAUCCAUGGCAGAACCAACAACGCUUAUAACACCACAAGAAUUGUUGGAGGUUCAUCCGGAGGCGAGGGGUGCUGCCAAUCUGCUGGAGGCAGUAUAUUUGGCAUAGGUUCCGAUAUUGGAGGUUCGAUACGAAUGCCUGCUUAUUUCAAUGGCAUAUUUGGACACAAGCCAUCUCGUAACAUCGUGUCAAAUAAUGGACAGUACCCGAUGCCGGAGUCAGAUUUGCUGGAUUCAUUUUUAGGUAUUGGCCCGAUGACAAGACACGCUGUGGACUUAAAGCCUAUCAUGAAAGUUAUAUCAGGACAUAACGCCAAGAAAUUGAACUUAGACACGCCAGUUGAUGUCAAGAAACUCAGGUAUUUUUACCAGUUUAGUACUGAUGCCCCGUUAAUAGACCCCGUUGAUCCAGAAAUCAUCGCAGCAAUGAAAAAGGUCACAGAGUUCUUCAAGAAACAAUAUCAAAUAGACGCUGAGGAGAAAAAGAUACCCCUCAUGCGUAAAUCCAUGGCCAUUUGGUUUGCAAACAUGAAAAGUACGAAGCGGUUUGGCGAAUUUAUAAUGAAUAAUGACAGUAUUGGAAGUAUCUUAUUUGAAAUGCUGAAAAACAUGAUUGGGCUGUCAGGAAACACAUUCAUUGGACUGUUCACGUCACUUUUUGACUAUGGUGGUGUGGAUAUAGGCAGUGAGAGAUACAAACACUAUUUACAACUACGUGAGGAUCUUGAGAGGACUUUUUCAGAAAUGCUUGGUGACGAUGGCGUUUUCUUCUUCCCUUCGCAUCCCACAACAGCUCCGUACCACAACGAACCGUUACUCAGACCGUUCAAUUUUUCAUAUACGGCCAUAAUUAACUGUUUAGGAUUACCAUCUACGACGGUUCCAUUAGGGCUCAGUAGGGAAGGUUUACCUAUUGGAAUCCAAGUGAUUGCAAACCACAAUCAAGACAGAUUAUGUUUCGCAGUUGCAGAAGAAUUAAAUCAAGCAUUCGGAGGUUGGGUAGAGCCCCAGAAAGCCUAAUUUUUAUACACAGAUCACAAUACUUUUUGUAAUUAUUAAAAUAUAACAUUACUAAA